UCCUGGUUAUGCUGACAUAUGGCGGAGUGCCAGAUCGAAGAAGAGAUGGAUCUCGUCAAAAUGGCUGAUACACCCAAUGAGGCGCUAUUUGCAGUACAAAAUUGUCCAAAGGCAACAUUCGACUCUGAAGAAGAAGAUGUAUCCAAGAACACGCAUGGUGAAGAACGUGACUAUAUGGAACAUUAUCUACCAUGCGGUGAAGUGGUCACAAGGACAAGGGCGUCUGUCUGGAGAAUGAUAGUCCGCAAUAAGAAACCAAUUGGAAUGAUGAGUUCACUGGUGCUUUUGACUGUCUAUAUCGUAUACUUUGGAUUCUGCAUGAGGUUUUCUUUCGGAGAUGAGGGCUCUCUGCGACUAAUGGUUGGAACUGUUUUCUUAGUUUUCAUUUAUGGCAAAAUAAAACUCGAAGCUCAGGUGCAGAACGUUUUCCGCCCAUUGUCGAAGAGGAUAAAGAAGUUAACUUCAUUAAGGAGAAUAAUCAGAUGGCUGCUGUAUGUUGCUCUGGUGGUGUUCAUCGUUGUCUACUUGACAACCAGCAACCUGACCGCUGACAACUUCGUGUCCCUUGCUGGCCUCACGUUCUUUAUUCUGCUAGGAUAUCUGAUAUCGGAACACCCUGCCAGGGUAAAUUGGCAUGCGGUGUUCUGGGGAAUUGGUACUCAGGUUUUGUUCGCCUUGCUAAUACUGAGAACUAAUUUUGGCUACGAAAUCUUCCGAUGGCUUGGAGACAGGAUAGAAGAGUUCCUGGAGCAUACAGACAAAGGCUCGGAAUUUGUUUUUGGCAAGAGUUACAGAGACCACAUGUUUGUGUUCAGGAUCAUGCCAUUAGUGAUGAUGUUCUGUUCCACUAUAAACGUGUUGUACUACUACGGGAUUCUCCAAGCGUUUGUGGCCAAUUUCGGAUGGUUCCUUACCUUCUGCCUUGGUACAAGUCCAGUUGAAUCCGUCAACACAGCACUCAACAUUCUCUUUGGCCCAGCUGAAUCUCCUAUUGCCAUCAAACCAUUCCUGCCGUUGUUGACCCCUUCUGAGCUGCAUGCGGUGAUGGCGGCGGGAUUUGCGAGUAUUGCAGGCUCAGUGUUUGGGAUGCUCACAUCCUUCGGGGCUCCAGCCAAUCACCUGCUAGCUGCCAGCGUCAUGUCUGCCCCAGCUGCCCUGGCCAUGUCCAAGCUGAUCGUUCCGGAAACACAGUGGACCAAGAUCAAACCAAGAGACGCAUACAACAUCCCCGUCCCAAAAUUCAACAACAUUCUGGAAGCGGUGUCUGAAGGUGCUAGAGAAUCUCUGCCAAUUCUGACAAGUAUCAUUGCUAACCAGAUCAUCUACAUAGCCAUCGUCCAGUUCGUGGACUCGGCGCUCAUCUGGUUUGGUAACAGAGUUGGGGUGUCAGGACUGUCCUUUGCGUUCCUGUGUUCCUACUGCUUCUACCCGUUAAUUUAUAUCAUGGGCUUCUCGAGGUCAGAUAUCCUGAAGAUUGGUGAGCUGUUAGGAAUUAAGACGUUUGCAAAUUCCUUCUAUGGUUACCAUCUAUUCGGGAAACUCAUCAAGAACCGCGAGGUGCUAGAAAACUACGUGGCGUCCACUAAUGGAACGUGGCACUGGGAAGGAAGUGACGUCAUAUUAGACUGGACCAAUAGGACACUUCCUGGAGGGAUACUAACGAAACGAUCGGAGGUGAUUGGAACCUAUGCGUUCUGUGGACAGAACCAUCUCGCUGCUCUUGGAGUCGCCAUCGGAGUCUUCAAUACUUUAAUUCCACAGAGAAAAUACACCAUUACAAAAUACAUCAUCCGUGCUAAUAUAACCGGGCAGUUGGCAUGCUACAUGACCGCAUGUAUAGCAGGUAUGCUGUAUGACGAAACACUAACGUAACAAAUGAUUUGGAUUUGACUGGCCAGCUUCAGACGCAAGGAUCCAAGCAUCAGCUCGCAUUCUCAUUACAGUCUUCGUGUAAGUCGACAAUCGUUUGUGAUCACUUAUCUUUACCGAUUCCGAGAAGGGCUAAAUAAUAAACAACUGAGAUAAUAAACAUGGUCUUGGGAGCUGUUAUUCUGUUGACUUCCUAAAUACUGUGGUGAUCAUGCUCUCUGACUUGGUUGAUGCAUGUCAUCGUAUACCAAUUACGUGG